AUGUUUAGAUUCAACGCUAAGGCUCUUGCUUCCGCUAAACCAAUUGUUGGUUCCGUUAGAUACGUGCGUACAAUCAACUUUGCUGGUACAAACGAGGUUGUCCACGAGAGAUCUGACUACCCAGCUCAAAAAUUGAAGGAAUUCUUUUCCGGUAGCCCAAUCGCCGUUAUUGGUUACGGUUCCCAAGGUUACGGUCAAGGUCUUAACUUGAGAGACAAUGGUUUAGAUGUGCUGGUGGGUGUUAGAGAAGGUGGUGAGUCAUGGAAAUUGGCUCAAGAAGAUGGUUGGGUUCCAGGUAAGAACCUUUUCCCAAUCAACGAAGCUAUUGACCGUUCCUCAUACGUCCUCAACUUGUUGUCAGAUGCUGCUCAAUCAUCUACAUGGCCACAAAUCAAAGACAGAUUGGAAGGUAAGACCCUUUGUUUCAGUCACGGUUUCUCCCCAGUCUUCCACGAACUCACAAAGGUUGAACCACCAAGCAAUGUUGACACAAUUUUGGUUGCUCCAAAAGGUAGUGGACGUACCGUGAGAAGUCUUUUCAAGGAAGGUAGAGGUAUCAACUCAUCAUACGCUGUUUGGAAGGACGUUUCCGGUAAGGCUGAAGAGAAGGCUGUUGCUUUGGCCAUUGCUGUUGGUUCAGGUUACGUUUACGAAACUACAUUUGAAAGAGAAGUCUACUCUGACUUGUACGGUGAAAGAGGUUGUCUUAUGGGUGGUAUCCACGGUAUGUUCUUGGCUCAAUACGAAGUCCUUAGAGAGAAUGGUCACACCCCAAGUGAAGCUUUCAACGAGACUGUUGAAGAAGCUACCCAAUCAUUGUACCCAUUGAUUGGUAAAUACGGUAUGGACUACAUGUACGAUGCUUGCUCAACCACUGCUAGAAGAGGUGCUUUGGACUGGUACCCAAGAUUCAAGGAUGCUUUGAAACCAGUGUUUGAAGACUUGUACCAAAGUGUUAAGGAUGGUUCCGAGACCAAGAGAUCUCUUGACUUUAACUCACAAGCUGACUACAGAGACAGAUUGGAAGAGGAAUUGCAAACUAUCCGUAAUAUGGAAAUCUGGAAGGUCGGUAAGGAAGUACGUAAGUUGCGUCCUGAAAACGUCCAAGUUUAA